AUGCUGACCUUCGUCCACCACGGUGACUUUUGGUUUGCUGGCUUCAUGGCCAUCUUUGUCGCACUCAACUUCCUCGCCACGUUCCUGGUGGCCAGAGACAUGAGCGAAGUGAAGCGCUGCGACCCGCUGGGGGAGGCCAAGCUCUGCAUAGCACGGCAAGUUCCGACCAGGGCCUGGCAGGUGAUACUCUUUUGUGAGCGAAACAUCGAAGCGCCGGGCACUGGACUCAUCGGACCCUACGGCGCCACCCGGCUGGCGCUAACGCCAAUCCAGGCUGCCAGCGGGCUUUACGGACUUUACAGCUCAGCAAAGGCCAUGGCGGAGGGUAGGGUGGACCAGGAGGCCGAAGUUGGAGGUCAAGGCGGAAUACCGACUACAUCCUACGCGCUGAAGGCCGCGCGCCCGACGAAGGCCGCCAUGCUCUCCUUGUGGUAUUUCUGCACCUUUGCGGCGGAGCUGGCUGCAUUCAGUGUGGUCAGUGCAACGCUGCACCCCUUUGUUACCUUGCCGGGAUACGUGCUAGGUGCCGUGGCGAACGGGGCAGCGCAGUGGUGGAGUGGAGACAAUGGGAUUGUCAGCGUCAAGAUGGCGACUGUGAGGGCCAUUGGCUUAUCUUGCAUCAGCGUUGCCUUGGCUAUGGCAGGUGGACCGAACAGGACAUUCGUAAAGAGCGCGCCUUUUGGUGGACCGGGUUGGAUCCCAGCAGUCUUCAUCUUAAUACGCUUCGUGGCCUGGGCGGGGCUGUGUUUCCUGGAUCUUCCCCAUGGCCUUCUGCCCCUUGGCUCCCUGAACCGACCCAUGGGCUUCCCGGUGCUCCAAGCAAAGUUCUUGAGGCCGGCAGCCGCCUGCCAUAAGGCUUUUCUCUGCUUCGCAUCGCAGACGCGGAUGACGACGGAGACUCAGGCAAACUCAACUUCAUUGGCUUUCACUGCUGAGGUGGGGUUCGGUGAGUGUGGUUGGCCUACAGCCGACGAGCUGAACACGCCGGCGACCAUCUUCAACACUUGCCUCUUGGUCUUAGCCGUGGUGCUCGUCCCGCUCCACAUGUGCGUAGUCGUUGCAAUGCUGGUCUUGAACCCCACAUAUUCCUCUGGAGCCGAAAACUCCUCUGCAAAAAACGAGAUCCUGAUGAAGCAGCGCGAAAUCGACGACUUCGCAAGGCGCAACGAGCAAUCUGCGGGCCAACACACGGAGCUGAACCUUCUUGCAGAGGGGCCUGGAACGGAUGCCCAAGCUCAAUAA